GAGAUGGUGGCUUGGAAAUGGACAUGCUAGAGGACCUCGAGUCCCUGCAGUUUGAGUAUGGGAUUCGAGAGGAAGACCGCUGCUGGCUGUAUUUGCAGGGCCGUUCUCGCGGGCUGAUGAUCAAGGCCUGUGCCCAUGCAGCCUUCUUCUGCAAGCUAUUCCGUAAUCUGAGAGAAUCAUUACAUGAGAAACAAACUUCCAAACGUCUCUCGACUGGAUCUCUUGACGACGCUCCUGAUGAUGACGCGUUAAGGGCGGGCAUCAUUGGAGGCGGCCGCCUUGGGAAGCAGCUGGCUCACGCACUGCUUCAGCUUGUCCCCAUCCCUGCUGAAGGUCUGCAGAUCUCCACUCGGAGGCCAGAGGCCCUGGCUGAGUUCCAGAAACUGGGAGUCCAGUGCUUCUACCAUAACUCUUCUCUGGUGGCCUGGGCCAACGUGAUAUUCCUCUGCUGCCUGCCAUCUCAGCUGCCUAACAUCUGCGUGGAAAUUCAAACCAGUCUGGACAAAGCCUGUAUUGUGUACAGCUUUGUAGCUGCCGUCCCCAUACCCAGGUUGAAACUCCUACUGAACCACACCAAUAUCUUGCGGCCUCAGUAUCAGUGUGGUGAAGAUUUUGUCAACAUCUGGGGGGCCAAUAAGGACAUCACAGCUGCUCUCCAAGAUCCUGCAAUUCUUCAGGCUACCUGCCCCUACAGUCCUGCUGGGGGGAUUAUCCUCAAUGUCAAGUGGUUGGAGGGAGUGUUCUAUGCAGCCCUAAAUCUCUGCACGGUCAAGGACAUGCCUCACGCACAAGUGCUGCAGCUUCUGAGUGAACAGUUCCUCUCUGCGCACUUCGAAGACUGUGGGAAAGAUGGAGCAUCUUGCCCUAAAUUUCAACUACUAGAUUUUGUCAGCAAAGCCUAUGCCAAGAACCUACUGCAGAAAAGGCCUUUCCCCUGGUUUGAUCUGACUGCUGUGCAACUCAAGGAAACUCCCUUUAGCCAGCAUCUCUCAACCAGUACUGCUCUCCAGGACCACCUUACCCAACUAUACUGUGAUUCAUUUGGUAUCUCUCUAACCAAAGAACAACAGCCAGUGGUUUCCACAGGCUCUCCAUCCCAAUAAGAGAAGAGACCUCAGGAAUCAGGAUUUUUUCUCCCUCUACACUGGUUGUGCCCUGAUCAUCACAAGUGACAGUGGGAUUCAUGUGACUGUAUGGUGUUUGCCAUAUGUUAGGCAUUAAGGAAUUAGAAAAUUAUACUGAUGGCUCUUUAACAUGUAGAAUAAAACAAGAGUUCCUUUACAUUGCAUAUUUGGGUGUGUCUGGGUUUUGGAAGCAAACAAAUGAAACUACCUAACCUCACACACUUAAGUACGCUGCUUCCCCAGGAAAGCCUUGUUAAUACAAAUUCUUUCUCUUCUAAAAGCUAAAUUAAAUGAGUUAUAAUGUCAUUAUUAGACAGUUAUAUUCUGUAGCUUCUUUUCCUGUAGCAGUAUGUAGCUGACAAAUGAUAUAGCCUGAUUUUCCUCCCAUUUUGGAUAGAGAAGUAAAAUGUGUGGUAAAAAUCUUAAUUGAAUUAAACUCAUUUCAUGCUUAUUUCAGCUAUCUAUGACUGUUCUGGUACUAUCUUAUUUAAAGCUGUUCCCAUUUAAACCCAUAAAACCAUCUU